AUCACGGCGCUGCUCGCCGCGCUCACCGUGGCGCGGGGCAUGGAAUUCGACCUCGUCGACAGGGGCGCGUCAUCGCCGGAGGGUAACAUGAAGUGCGUUCAGGAAGAGCUCAAGCGCAAGACGCUCGUGAUGUUCUCCUACGAGACCCCCGAUCGCACCCACAUCAACAUCCGCCUCUACGACCCGGACGGCGGUUCCAUCUGGAACAACAGCGACACCCACCGCGGGUCCUACGCGUUCACCACGAAGACCGAGGGCGAUCAUAAGGCGUGUUUCUACAAGACCACGGUGGACGAUCCCGCGGAUCUGAAGCACCACAAGGUGCGGCUCGACUGGAAGACCGGGGUGGCAGUCAUGGACUACGAGAAGAUCGCGCAGGGGAAGCACGUGAACAAAGUGGCCGAUUCGCUCCGAAGGCUGGAGGCUGAUCUGAGGGACACGCACGAGACGAUGCUCUGGCUGCGACGGAAGGAGGCGGAGCUGCGGGAUCUGAACGAGGCGACGAACUCGAGGGUGACGUGGCUGAGCAUCAUGACGCUGGUGGUCUGCGUGGGUCUGUGCGUGUGGCAGGUUAUGUUUCUCAACCAGUUCUUCCAGCGAAAGAAGCUGCUGUGAGGUUGCGGACGCGAGGGCGCUCGGGGCGCUCGGGGCGCUCCGUGCUCGGAGUACCCGUCUAUUACAUUAUUCGAUACAUCAAAACAUCAUUGAUACG